UUUGAAUUAGAGCUUCCAUUCAGCGUAAAAGAUAGGAUCUCCGAGCCCAUGCAGAAAUUGGCGAUUUAUAUGAUUCGGGGUGACUCAUUUCUUGUCCUGCAUCUGGAAUAGUAGAACUGCUGGUAGCACUUACUCUUUCCAUAAGUACCAUCUAACAAUCUGAACCUUUUUGACGCUCAAUUUUUUUAGUUACUUUCAGAUAUCGGGUCGAGAAUAACCCAGCAAAAUCUCUGCUCCUGUCCUCGUCAUAGAAAGAAAGAGUGCACAAUGACUGAACCAAUGAACGUUAAGGAAAUGUUACACCAAGUCCAAAAGAGCCUCGAAGGGGGCAUUUACGCGUGUAUCUCACUUGAGGUACUAUCCGGAGGGACCGCGAAUUUCGUCUAUCGUGGGGUUCUCGCGAGUCCUCUUGAAGAUGGCGCAACGACGAUCAUUAUCAAACACACAGAAGGAUAUGUUGCCCUGCAUCCAGGCUUCAAGCUCACCAUAGACCGCUGUGUAAGUCUUCUCAUUAAUAUCACUCAAACGCUUCUUCUUUAACACAACUCUUCCCUAACGACACCCAGACCUACGAACAAGAAAUCCUCACCUCACUCCAAGCCCUCCCCUCAAUUCCCACCAAUCCAUCAGUCACUAUUCAAACCCCCAAACUGCACCGCUUCUCCCCGACAACCAACACUCAGAUCUAUACCGACUUCCCCUCUUCCACACACCUCAAAUCCUAUAUCUUGACACACACCCUCGCUCCCGCACAAGCAUCUCGCUUAGGCACCGCUCUUGGACUAUGGACGAGGAAGUUCCAUGAUUGGGCCGCCGCUCCGGAACAAGCAGAGCUGCGGAAGAAAAUGAGAGGCAAUAAAGAGAUGAGGAAUUUGAAGUUUGUAGUUAAUUAUGAGAGACUUGUUGAUACCAUCGCGAACUAUUCUGAUUUAUUGGAGGACUGUAGGGGUGUUUUUGAGAGUGUUGUUGGGGAGAUGAGGGGCGUGAUGGAGAGGUUAGAUCGAGAGGGGGAGGGAGGAGGUUUGAUCCACGGGGAUUUCUGGAGUGGGAAGUAGGUUUACCCUCUUUUAAUAUCCCUUCGAAAAUUUGAACUGACAAAAUCAGCGUCCUCCUCCCAAACACCCCCUUUCCAUCACCCAACCAACCCCUCAAUCUCUGCGUCAUUGACUGGGAACUUUCCCAUCUCUCGCUUCACACUUUUGAUCUCGGCCAGAUGAUUGCUGAGCUUUAUGAGCUGAAACAUUUCAAGGAUAUCGAUGCUGGGCUUUGGAUCAUGGAUUCGUUUAUUGAGGGGUAUGGUGUUAUUGAUGAGAACCUGGCGUUUAGGACUGCGGUUCAUGUUGGUUGUCAUUUGAUUUGUUGGGGGAGUAGAGUCCACGGGUGGGGGACAGAGGAGCAGGUUAGAAGUGUUGUGGAAGUGGGAAGGGAGUCUGUGCGGAAGGGGUGGGAGAGAGAUGGGGAUUAUUUUAGGGCUGGUGCUUUGAAGGGGUUGUUUGCUGGUUUGGGAAGCUCAAGUGAGUAG